AUGGGAAAUGACAAGGUGAUAGUUGAGUUGCUCUUUGUGCUGUCUCUCUUGAGCCUUUCAUUGACAUUUUUUCCAGAACUGAUAAAGGAUUCGGUGGAUGAAAUGGGGUACUUCAAAGGAAACAGGGCCUCCGAGAAUUUUAAUGUUCUAGGGAUACCAAAAGAAAACAAGAUUGAAUUCUACACAAUGUCAGGGAGUAGGAGUAACAUCAGUAUUACGGACUUUCCAAACGGAUCUCCCAUUAGCAGGGCCAUGCUCAGCCUCUAUAAAAGAAAAAAAAGGUUCAGCAUAUAUAUUGAUGAAAAGGCAAGAAGCGUAUCGAUAUACUCGGAAUCUGUAAUUCCCAAGUACAUCUUUAAGAUGAAGGAGGUGCCCAAAAGAAGCCUUACACCUGCAGAAACUAUCAAGGGAUUGGAUCGUUUCUAUCUUCCGAAUGGUCCUAUGGACCAAAAACUGAUCGAGACAUUGGUGUAUCUAGAACUUCGAGGAUGUCUCGAAGAUAAGCUGUUCAUCCUUUACGAAAAUACACUUAUCCUCAUCAAUGAGGAGAAGCAGAUGAUCUUCUUUGAUAUAGACCUCGAGCAUCUAUUUGGGAUGAUGGUUGAGGAAGUGGUUUCCCAAACAGAAAGAAAAGACGGAUCAAAUAGACUUCUGAUUGCUUUCAAGGUAGAAUCGAAUAUUUUCUUCUUGUUCAGUCCUGGAGAUGAACAGAAGGGAUUUGGAAGGAGGAUAACUGGAAAUACACUUUCAGAGGGCUCCAUAAAGCUUUUCCCUUCGUCAAGGGAUGUCCAGAUAAAAAAUGCAGUAUCCAAAGACGAUUAUGUGGGGAUAUCCAAGAUAAUAAGUGACGAAGAAAGAAAAGAAGGAAUAGAAGUGUUGAAGAAGUUGAUAAUAGACCCUUUCAGAUCGGAAGAUCUUUCUUUUUUUAGAUGA